CGGAUAAUGUUAUAAGUUCGUGGUCGUGAUAUUCAAGACAAAGUAUUAACUAUGACGAAUUGGUUGAUAAUGCUAUUUAAUAGCUAGUGGAGCACAAAAAGGCAACGAAGUUUGUGAUUGCUCGAAAUAUUUAUACUUUUCCAAUGGUUAUUUUUCGGAAAGAAAUAAUUUAUCUUUGGUGUCUUCUGAUGGCAACACUUUAAAGUAAUGUUGCCAUUCCGCAGAAUUUGUCGGUGAACGGAGUUCCGCUACCGCCGCUUCCUCUGCGUUUUGUUAUUUCACUUCAACUCCAUGAACGAGUUUCGCAUAAAUAGGUUUUUCAAUUACCUACUCACUACAUAAUAUAUUUUUAUUAUCCUAAGUUAAUUAUUCAUAUCUAUUUUAUCAUAUUUGUAUGAAAAUGUAUUAAAAGCGAUAAGUUAUUCGUCUUAGAAAUGUUUUGUAGGUUUUGUUUCACAGUGCUGUGGCUGUUACGAUGAUUUGGUUAUGCGUAUGUAGCUUGCUUCGAUAUUAAAAUGGCGGAUGUCUCAAGUAAUGACCGCAAAAUAAAGCUUACUAAAAACGGAAAAGUUGUAAAACGACGAUCUCGGAACCCAGAAGAAUGGCACAAACAAAAACAAAAACGUCUGCGUAUAGCGGGGCUCGAGUACAUAAAUGCAAAUGGCAAGAUAGUUCCUCCAAAGCAGCCUGGUCCCGACUGCAAUUGCCGCCGUAAAUGCUUCCAGAAAGUGCCUGAAGACAUCAGAUUGAGAACAUUCCACGGUUUUUAUUCUAUGAAAACACAUGACGAACAAAAUGCUUACUUGUUUGGUCUCAUGCGGCAAGUCGAUGUCAAGCGUAAGAGAGUCAAGGCUAGCAGCAGGCGUACUUGCACUUUCGAAUAUUUCAUCCGCGUGAAGGGACGUGAGACCCAGGUCUGCCAAACAGCUUUUAAAAACAUUCAUGCCAUUACUGAACGAAAAGUUCGAGUAUUGUGCAAGAAAAUGGAUGACGGAGUUAUGUUUCCCAGUGACAACCGUGGGAAAAACAGCCAUCGUCGCUCUGGAGAAGUACGGCUACCAAAUACAGUGAUUGAUCAAAUUAAAAAUCACAUUUACUCCAUUGUUCACACACACCGUCUCAAGGACUUCAUAAGGCUGGAUAAAAUAGCGGGGUUGGAGAUCAACAUCUCCAAGAUGUGGAAAGAUUACAUUAAGACAUAUGAUCCAGAAAACAUAACAGCCACUAUGCCCAAGUCUAAAAGAGGUUCUGAAAUUGCUUUGCCAAGUGAAAUGCCCACACAACCCCCACAGCCACCUGUCACUCAAGAACCAUUUGCCCCACUUACGUAUCCAGGCAGUGGCCAUCUUGUUAACUUGGCAGAAAACUACUUCCAGAACCAGUACCAGUCAGCCGCACUAGCUUCUACUGGCACUCAAACAAACUUCUAUCAGACUCAAAAUGGAGCUCAGAGCAUGGGUAUUCUGCUCCAUUCCUCAGCUGCAGCACGCCCGGCCCCACCAACAACUGCCUACAUUGUGUUACAGACAAAACCAGAACCAUCAUCAUCAUCUCAAAAUCCAGCUAUUGCUUACAACCAAAAUCCAGGUCAAGAGCGGGAGGAACCAACAAAAGAGAAAAAAGUAAAGAAAGAGAGAAGGAGAGGUCCUCUGGUAAAGCAGUGGAGAUACACUAAUAUCUUCCACUAUGAGAUUAAUGGAGCAGCUCUUGCAGCAAUUAAAACAAGACUGGGCAUGUACUAUGCUGAGAGUGAUGCUGCAAGGAAAAAGGCCAAGCAGGGCCGUCCGAUAGAAGGUCCGUCUACUGCCCAGACACCCGUUGAACAAAUACGACCAACUCACACUGUUACUAUUUAUACCUAAACUAUAUGGCUGGGUUAACUGCUACAGGUGACAACUUGUACAUGUUUACAGAAGGGCUAACAACACAAGUUUUUAGGGAUUUAUGAUAAAUAUGACAUGCUGUCACAUCUGAUAUAAUUAAGGCAUAAUUAUGCAUAGUAUGACUUAAAGUUGUUGUAACUUAUCUAUGAAUAUUUGGAUAAUGGUUUGCCUUAUCAUAUAGAAUUCCUACAAGGCAAAUAGUAAGCUUAAGUAGAUAUAUUAUGAGUAGUUACUAACUAGUUGCCAACUGCAUGGCUUGUUCACUGUAAUUGUAGUAGUAACUACUGAGAAAAAAAAAAAUGUUCCAGAUUCGCCAGAUUCUUGUUUUGCCAGAUUUUCUUUAGUACAUCCAAAUCCGACGAAACAAAGAUCUGGCGAAUUGGGGACUAAUCUCCUAUAAAUUUGAUAUUCAAUUGCAGCUAACAGAUUUUUGCUUGUAAGCUUUUUUUAUUACUAGACACCGGCAUUAUUAAACCAGGAACCCACUUCUCUGUGUCUUUUAGAUUACAUAAAUUGUGGUGCAGUUUCGUAUUUCAUAAAAUCAUGAUAUAUCUUAACGACACCUAGAGUUGGGUACCAGGAAUUUACUAAUUCAUCAUUAUACUGCCCUAGACUAAGUAUCGAACUACAUUAUUAUAGGAAAUAAUCUCAAUAACACUAUUAUUAAUCAUGUGCAUCUGUGCAACUUAUCUUAUGCAAUUAAAUAUAUAAUAUUAUUUAUAAA